AUUAUUCACUACAGUUUAUGCGUGUAGUGUGCUUCCAUUCAAUCGAUGACGUACCAUACUGCCGCUGUUGCUUCAUCGUUCUGCUGUCACCUCAGCCGGCGUUUUCAGAUCUGCCACUAUCAGUCUCUAAAUAAACGUUUGAGUGCUAACAUUUUAUUUUUUCGUCCUGGGAGAAAGAAUGUAUUUUUAAAUUAAUUUUUUCACAUUCGGAAAAUGGGAUUUGCUAUACAUCGGUUUGUGUCGCAGCCUGAUCCUAAUCUAUGCUGUGGAAUUUGUGCAGGUAUAUUACAGGAUGCCGUGGUUACACGUUGUGGCCACUGUUUCUGCCAGGUAUGUUUGGGUACCUGGCUAGAGCGACCUGGUGCAGGGGCGUGCCCGCAGUGUCGAUCGCCCAUGCGAUCAGAUGAAGCCAGUGCAGUUUGGUCAAUCCGAGGCCUAGUGAAUAAUAUGUGCAUUGAAUGUGAUUUUCAAGAGAAAGGCUGCCAACUUGUGAUGAAAGUUGAGGCGAUGGAAGAGCACACGAAACGCUGCGGUUAUGCACCCGUGGAUUGCGCUGGUUGCGGCGUUACCGUCAGCCGUCUUGCACUUCCCUCACAUCAAAUGAAAUGUGAAGAAAUAACUGCUGUCGUGUCAGGAGGAAUCGAUAUAGAAUGCCGAAGUCCAAAUAAAGACAAAUCAAACCAACGCCUUGAACUUCGUCUUGCUCGCAGGGAAUUGGAAAUAAAACGCCUAAAGGAUAAUUUAGAUGAAUCGCUUUCUCGCAAUCGUCGAUAUGAGAAGGAAUUGACUAAAACGAGAAAAGAGCUGCAAAAAGUCCAAGAAGAAUUAUUCUCACGACCGAAUGAUGGUGAUUCUGAUUUUGAUUCUAUAUAUUUGUAUGGAACAAACGCAGAAUCCAUCGCCCGAUUGUCGGUUUUAAUCGCACGUAAUUUACUGAAUAAACCGGACUCGAUCGAUGCAGAUAGCAUUUUUACUGCUAUUAAACGAUGCUAUGAUCGUUUUGCACGAUGUGGCUUAGACUAUGAACACGACGUCCACAUGCUGCUAGCGACUGCAUAUGCCAGUGACUGGUUUAAUGACCAACAUCGAAUCAGCUUCCAUUGUUGGUUGCAGAGUAUAGCUAGGUAUCGGCGGUUUGCAGCUCUUGGGGGAGAGGGUGUCGGCAAGAGAACUGUCAGACCGGCAACUGUCACCCUCAGUACAUCCAUUCGACAAACGUGGUAGAUUUUGGUGUGUCAAAGCAAAUAUUACCCAAGAUUCAAGAGAUGGAUGGCCUAUUCUUCGCAUUAUGUUGGACGCUUCAUCGUUUUAUUACGUUAACUCAUUCACAACAUUUUAACUUUUUUUCUUAAUUAGUUUUCAAACUUCCGAUGCAGAGUGGCGUAUCUACUCGCUCCCACCCCCAGUCGCCCCACCCCCGAAAAAAUUCAUGGUCAAGUAGUUAAAAAUCA